UGUCACUCGCCCGGGGAGAAAUUGGUAUAGCAUCUCUGAGCAGUGGACUGACUUGGUGACAGGGACCAUACAAUGCGUUGAAAAGUAUCUCACAUAUACCUCUUUAUUAGCGAUGCCUUCCUUAUAGCUAUGGACAUUCGGAUUGUUAAAGGGUGGACUGUCUCGUUAUUCUCGUUGGAGACCCGGACUGUUUGUCAAUGAGAUAUGUGGAGUCGCUCUAUCCAUCGGUAUUAACGCAGAAAAUACAAGAUGAAGAAGCAAUUCAAUCGAAUGCGACAGCUCGCCAACCAAACAGUGGGCAGAGCUGAAAAAACUGAAGUAUUAAGUGAAGACCUGCUACAGGUGGAGAAGCGGCUGGAGCUGGUCAAACAGGUGUCCCACAGCACCCACAAGAAGCUGACUGCCUGUCUGCAGGGCCAACAGGGGGUGGAUGUGGAGAAAAGGUCUGUCAGAUCGCCCUCGAAAAAGCUGCCCCUUACAACGCUAGCGCAAUGCCUGGUGGAGGGAGCUGCAGUGUUGGGCGACGACUCACUAUUGGGGAAGAUGCUAAAACUGUGUGGCGAGACACAGGAGAAGAUGGCUCAAGAGCUCAUCCUGUUUGAGUUCACCAUUGACAGAGACGUGGUGGACCCCCUGUACGAACUAGCCGAGGUGGAAAUCCCCAACAUCCAGAAACAAAGGAAACAAUUAGCAAAACUGGUUCUGGACAUGGAUUCGGCACGCACAAGGUUCCACCAGUCCUCCAAAUCGGGUAUGUCCAGCAACGUGCAGCCAGGGGCCAAGGGCGAGCACCUCAGGGAAGAGAUGGAAGAGGCAGCCAAUCGAAUGGAGAUCUGUCGAGAUCAAUUAUCAGCAGACAUGUACAAUUUUGUGGCCAAAGAAAUCGACUAUGCAAGCUACUUUCAGGCAUUGAUAGAGGUGCAGGCACAGUACCACAGGAAGUCGUUAGAGCUCCUCCAGAACAUUCUGCCUCAGAUUAAAGCCCACCAGGAGACCUGGGUGGAGAAGCCGUGCUAUGGGAAACCCUUAGAGGAGCACCUAGCCCUCAGCGGACGGGACAUUGCCUUUCCUAUUGAAGCCUGUGUCACCAUGCUGCUGGAGUGUGGCAUGCAGGAAGAGGGCCUGUUCAGAGUAGCGCCGUCUGCGUCCAAACUGAAGAAGCUCAAGGCGUCUCUCGACUGUGGGGUGAUGGACGUUCAGGAGUAUUCUGUAGACCCUCACGCCAUCGCAGGUGCUUUGAAAUCCUACCUACGGGAACUCCCUGAGCCACUGAUGACCUUUGAACUUUACGACGAAUGGAUUCAAGCUUCCAACAUUCAAGACCAAGACAAGAGACUCCAAGCCCUCCUCACAGCCUGCGAGAAACUACCCCUGGCCAACGGCAACAACUUCAAGUAUUUAGUCAAGUUCCUCGCCAAAUUGGAUGACUACCAGGACGAAAAUAAAAUGACCCCUGGGAAUAUUGCAAUUGUCUUAGGCCCCAACCUGCUGUGGACAACACAGGAAGGGAACAUUACAGAGAUGAUGACCACUGUGUCCCUGCAGAUCGUAGGCAUCAUUGAGCCCAUCAUCCAGCACGCUGACUGGUUCUUCCCUGGAGAGAUUGAGUUUAAUGUCACAGGAAACUAUGGCAGCCCAGUCCACACCAAUCACAACGCCAACUACAGUUCCAUGCCAUCUCCGGAUAUAGACCAUUCAGACCGCAAGCACAAUGAUCAGAGCCGACGCCCACUCAGUGUGGCCACCGAUAAUAUGAUGCUGGAGUUCUAUAAGAAGGAUGGCAGCGUUAGGAAAAUUCAAAGCAUGGGGGUCAGGGUGAUGGACACUUCUUGGGUGUCACGCAGGGGCUCGUCGUCAGCGCGUAAAAGCUCCUCCACGCCCCUAGGUGUACAGCCCCCCCUCCCGCCCUCAGACGCUCUCAUACCUGAGCAGGGGGAGAUCUCUGCGUCCCCCUCCCCAACCCUUCCUCCCGCUAGCAGUGACCGUGCCAGUACUCUGAAGAACAAUGAGCUGUCUCCAGUGAUUGGACAGAAGGGCUUCCAGGGAACGGCACUCUCUGGUGGGCUGUCACAGCACUCUUCUGACCAUAGCCCUCACACACUGAGAAGAGCUAAGAAGCUGGCCCCCAUCCCACCUAAACCCUACUCUCAGUCUGGGGGAAUGUCGGACCAGUCUACAGGUCAGCCGUCUCCAGUCAGCCUGUCCCCCACCCCUCCUAGUACCCCCUCCCUGUACGGCUUCAGCUACCCCCAGGGCUACGCCACCAUCGGCUCCCCGGGACAGGCCCAGACCGCCACCCCCUCUCUCUCCUCCCCUCCCUCGCUAGCCGGCACCCUCACCAAGACUAGGCCCACUCCCAAGCCUCCUCGGCAGAGGCCCAGCCUACCCCCGCCGCAGCCCCCCAGCACCCCUGGCUCCAGCCCCCAACCUCUUGAGCACGGUGGCGGCCUUCUGGAUGGAUUGUCUCCUGGAGAGAGCAUGUCCACAGACUCUUUCUGCAACCUGGAUAUCCCCAUCAUUAAUGUAGAACUGGAUGGCAUCUUUGAUGAGCCCAAGAUGGCCCCCUACAGGAACUCAGUGGCGGUGGUCCGGCCAACCCCUAAGGCCGAGUCAGAGGAAGAGUCUGAGAGCACGAUACUAUGACAUCACAAGUUUCCAAGCCCAGCCCUUACUAUUCCAACCCGUCUCCAGGACCCGUUCUCUGACCUUUGACCCAAUGGGGACUCACUCCAGACCUCACCUCCACCCAUAGAGACCAAGUACCACGCUCAGCCCUGUAAAUCAAAGUCCUUCUCCAAAAAAUGUAAUAGACAUGAAUACAGAAAAUACCUAUAUCCAUAUCCAGAGGGUUUCCGACUGAGACAAUGGGGGUUGAAACUUUUGAUUCAGAGAAAGGGACCGAAUGCUAGGUUUUUAUGUUGACUAGAUUCCAUUGAUUCUAUCUGGGGGGCAUUCAUUUUUAAGGAUUUAUUUAAAACAAUUUUGUUUAUACAUCUUUUAUUUUUGCCUUAUUUGAGUCAUUUGCAAUAUUGCCUUUAACUUACAAGACAUGAAAACAAGUGGCUUGGUGCAAUGGGUUCUCCUCUUGUGAGUGCAGUAGGAAAGGAAGGGGACAGGACAUCUCUGAUUUCCUCUCCCUGUCACCAAGGCUAUAGCAUUCCUUUUUGACGCCUAAACCCAUUCUUGUACUCUUGAGUUCACUGGCAUUCUGGCAACCCCUUGUUCCGUCCUGGCUGAACGUGUGUGUGUGUGUUUGUGAAUUGUGUGAUGUGUUUGGAAAUGUGCUGCAUCAUUGAGUGGCGAGUUCUGCCAUAGUCUGUGAGUGAAAAUAUAAUGGUACUGCAAGACCAGUUUGAGCUUGAAUUCGCAAUCACAUUCUUCAAAGAGGGGUUUAAGAUUACAUUUGGCUGUUUAAAACUAUUUAAAAUGACGGUUUAUACUGUACAUUUCAGAGUAUAUGAUGUUAAUAGAGAUACAGGAGUUAUUAUAUGAGUCAUAUAAAAUAAGAAUUAAACCAUAGAGAUACAGAUAUUCUACUGUAUAUAGAACUAUAAAUACAGUAUACAGAUAUGAUAUAGUCUAGCAUGUACUUGACUGUACAUUAUCAUAGGAGAGGCUUGGAGCUCAGUGGGAGAAAUCUGCAUGUCUAUGUUGUAGUAGAGGGAAUAGAGCAUAGACACAGAAUAAACAGAAUACUUAUAAAUGGAUUACUGAAUAGUGAGUACGAGUGGACUUUACAGAUGUAGGAUCUUAAUUUGAUCACCCUGUUGCAGGAGAACUGUUCUGUAGGAAUGCCUUUAACUUGAAGUGUAUUUGAGGUAUUAAAAGGCUUCUGAAGUUUGUCAUUUCCACUUUGAAAUUUCAGACUUGAUUUUCCCUUACGAAAAAUGGAUCAACCCCUACAAAAACAUCCAUUAGUUAUAAUCCACAUAAUAAUUGACAUUUCCUGUUGCUGCAGGACUUUUUUCCUGCUGUAGCAAACUGGCUCAAAUUAACACCCUUUGUCUGUAUACCUCCUCUCUGUGGUCUCUGUAACUCUGUUAAUGAACACCCUGAGACUUCUCUGGCAAGAGCCUGUCACUGGGGAGCCGGCUCAGCUGUUUGAAAGCAAAUAUUGGAAACUCUUCUGAGAGUGAGUGUGUAUAUGGGUGCAGUUCUGUGCCUGUGUGUGUGGGUGUAAUCCGGAAUAUAGGUACAUUUCUUCUGGUGCUAGAAUAUGUGUUUAUAUUCUAUCAUGCAGCGAAUGAGAAUAGGCUCUCAUUGAAAUUAUACAGAGGUUUCUGUUUCAGUCCCCCCAACACACAAUAAAAAAAACAAUACUUUCACAAUGAGGAAUGUGAAGUAUUUCUUAUUGUGAUGAAAGUAUUUACUGUAUACCGAUGAUUACGGUGCAGAGGAGUUGGAUUGACAUCCACAGCACAAAAGACCAUUGGUCCAAUCGGUUUAUCCGGUGUUGGGGUUCAAAGGUGAGGCGCCCGCCCAUGACCUAUACAGACCUAUGACUUUAUCUCCUUAGAAAUGUUCCAUCCAUAACACUGAUUAUUGCCUGGAAGCCACAACAAACGCUGCCCUGUCAUGCACUUAUGUUCAAGUGCUAUAUAUUUUAUCCAUCACAACACUAUUGUAAAUACUGACGCCUCUGUAUAUGUGUGUGUAUAUAAAACAGGGGGAGAGGAUCAAAUAUAUAUUAAGAUAAGAAAAAAUAUAAAUAUUGACUGAAAGUAUUUAUGUAUUGACAUGUCCGUGUUGUUCUGGUCCUGACCACAACAUUGCCAGAUUCACAUUUAACGAAAUGCAGUAAAGCUUUGCACGGUUAUCAGCCGCAAGCUUUAAAUAGUACCACAUGACACGGACAUAGAUUAAAGGUUAAAUCUAUUUUCUAGGAUUGUUAGUGCAGAGUCAUCAGCCGGGAGCUUAACAAUACAGUAUGUCUGAAUGGAAAGUGCUGCGUCACUGUGUGUUUCCACUAGUCGACAGCCUGACCAGUAGAGCUAUUGUGAGGGAUGUAUUUGUGAUUGUCAAUAGGUAAGUUAGAAGGGGACCACCAUCCCUCGAGGCAAAAAACAGUUGAGUCAACCUAGUUAUUCCAACCUUACAGUACAGAGUAUAUUCCCCGGUGUAGAAGACAAAUAUCCUCCCCUGAAAGCAAUAUAGUUCAACGCAAUGCUGAGUAGACAAUUCCAGAAGAAAACUGUUGAUGUUCAAAAUGAUAAAAGAAAGUGCAAUUACAGUAUUUGUGAACACAGAAACAGAGAAACCUCAAAGAUGAAGGGGGUCCCACUCUCUUUAAAAUGAUUUGAAGUUUUUUACAGUUUAUAUUGAUGUUUUAUUGCUUUUGUCUUUUGUAUCAUUACUUGCAACAAAUGCCAACCAUGGAAUAUGAUUUUGAGGAUUCAAAAAAUUAUAAAAUAGACAAAAUUGCAUUAACAUUUUUGAAGGCUGUUCUUACAAUUUGGAUGUUGAAGUGAAUGUUCAGUUAUGUGUCUAUCUGGACUUCUGUCUGUGGUGAUAAUGUGCUGUUCUGUUGCUGUUCUGUAAAAGGGGUUGUCUUCUUUUUCUGAAGUGAUGGUUUGUACAUAUUUAUUGAACACACAACUUUAUUAAAAGCAGAAAUCCUGUGUACCAAGGGCAGUUGUUGGUAAGAGAGAUUCCUCAAACUAUUUCCACUGUUACAGUUUUUCUAAGCAUGUCUGUUGAGUUACUGUAAGAGAAAAGGCCUUUUUUAAAUGAAUAGGUGGAAUGUACUGGUGACUAUUUGGACUGUUUGCCUCAGGUUGUUUUUAGGGGGAAUUCUCUGUGUUGUGGAUGUAGUUUUAACAGGAUGGACAGAUGUUUGGUAGUGAUGUGAAUAGGCUUGGGGGUUAUGAGUAGACAUUGUCCCACGUGUGAAAAUCAGCAGCAUGCUUUGUCAUCAUGCUUGUGAAAUUUGUCUUACCUUUGGUCCUAUUUACCUGUGCUUGUCAUAUUUAUUUUUAUAUGUGAAAAAAAAGGGCCUUGCAAUGCAGGUAGAAUUAUUCAGUUCUGCCCUAUCAGUUUAUCAGUCCACAGUUCCUGUUUUGCAUUUUUGUUGAGCUCCAACUUUUCAUCCAGUCAAUCAACUAUUCACCAAGCAGAGUCACAUAAAUAUAUGAAGUACUGUACAUCUAGAAGCAUGGCUUAAUAAUUGCCAAACUUAAUGACUUAAUACAACUCGGAGACAAUAUAGCAUCUAACUUCUAGCUUUUUUUGCCUAAUGAGUCAGGAACAGAAUGACAGUGAAACUGAAUGGAUGACUGGCAGUGUAUUUCUUUUUGUCUGCAAACAUUGAGUUAUUCUCUGAGGAUAGCCUUAUAUAGGCAUACAUCAAUCCCCUUAUCCAUCAGAUGAAAAAACCCUCCUGCUUCAUAUUAGGCAAAACAAAGAUACACCUUUUUUGGUUGGCCAAUCAGCCAAGCCUGAAUAAAUGUGGGAUAAAACACA